ACCCCCUCGCUUCACCUGGUCAAGCAUUCCCUUCUCAGGCAUCAAGCUAACCGGCAAAAUAUCCCUCUGGCAGUAAUUAUUGGGCGAAAAUGCCAUCCGAGGAUGCAAAAACAGUGAAGAAGGAGAGGGUUAAAGACGAAGAUGAAGAGACUUUGGAUUCCCUUAAGAAGAAAAAGCCCAACAAUGCCACCCAAAAAGAAGCCAAAGCCAGAACUAAGAGAGUGAAGAAAGAAGAAGCAGAUGAAGAUUUUGAGCAGAGCCCUCCGAAGAAAAGCUCAAACAAGUCCUCUGAUAAGGUGCAGAAAAGGAGGAAGAAAGAGGACGAGACAAAGAAGAAGGAGGCUAAAGAAACUGAGCAAACAGCUAAGAAAAGAGAAAAGAAAGUUUAUGAUUUGCCUGGUCAGAGGAGAGAACCUCCGGAGGAGAGAGACCCAUUAAGGAUUUUCUACGAGACUUUAUAUAAGCAAGUACCAAACAGUGAAAUGGCAGCAAUCUGGAUGAUGGAAUCUGGUCUGCUUCAAAAGGAGGCGGCGAAGAAGAUUUUUGAGAAGAAACAGAAAAAGGCUCCGCAACAAAAAGUCAAGUCACCUGUGAAAGCUGUUGGUACCGUCAAGAGCAAAGUUGAUUCUGUUACCAUCAAGAGGAAAACAUCAUCUGCAGUUUCAACCCAGAAAAAGAGGACACUGGAUUCCAAAGUUGUGUCAAAGCAGUCAAAGAAAUGCAAGAUUGCUGAUUCGUCCUCAGAAAGUGGAUCAGACGAUGACGAUUUUAUUCUGAAAGCUAAAAAUUCGAAAAAACAGAAAGCUGGUUAAGUACAUUAGUGGUUGGUUAUAUCAUUAGGGAUUAUCGCGUCUCAAUUUUCUUCCAGGAUUGCUUCUGGAGUGUCGUUUAAUUCAAAUUGCUGAGUCUUUAGAUGUUGGUCAAAUCUUGGGCAAAAACCUUUAGCGGACGCUAAACUAUUUUGCUGAUACGUUUUUAGUCACUCCAGUAUUUUUUUAGUAUUUGAAUAGGGUCACUGAACUCUUAAA